AUGGGCAAAGCUCGCCGCAACAGAGUGCGGGGCAACCGUAGCGAUCCCAUCGCAAAGCCCGUCAAACCCCCAUCCGAUCCUGAGCUCGCCAAGCUGCGAGAAAGCAAGAUUCUUCCCGUGCUUAAGGACCUGCAGAGCCCCGAGGCCAAGUCUCGGACGGCCGCGGCUGGCGCUAUUGCCAACAUCGUCCAGGACACCAAAUGCAGAAAGUUGCUGUUGCGGGAACAGGUUGUGCAUAUUGUACUCACCGAGACACUCACAGACACCAGCAUCGAUAGUCGGGCUGCGGGCUGGGAGAUUCUCAAGGUGCUCGCGCAAGAGGAAGAGGCGGACUUUUGUGUGCACUUGUACCGGUUGGAUGUCUUGACUGCCAUCGAGCAUGCCGCCAAGGCGAUCGUUGAAACUCUCACCUCCACUGAACCCCCGUUUCCCAAACUAUUGAAAGCCCAGCAGCGGCUUGUAUGGGAGAUCACCAGUUCGCUGCUCACCCUCCUGGGCCUCCUGGGGCUGUCCCGAGAAGAAGUCCUGCAGUCCAUUUCCGGGAACCAGACCAUCUUGCGCCUUCUCUUCCGCCUCGCUGCUACUGAUGUUGCCCCACAAGAGAUAAUCGAAGAGGCCUUGUCCUGUCUUACAACACUAUCUGAGGACCACCUACAGCUCGGCCAGGCCAUGACGAAUGACCAGGAAACGCGGUGCUACGACGUCCUCUUGAAGCUCUCAACCGGCACAGGUCCAAAAGCCGUCCUAUCCUGCGGCGUUCUACACAACCUUUUCUCGUCCCUGCAAUGGCUGGACCACAGUCCCGGGAAAGACGGCGCAUGUGACGCUGUCAUCAUCCCUAGCCUAGCGCGGGCGCUGGAGCAGGUUCUUCCGAGCAGUGCUGUGGCCAAUGGUAGUUCAGGUAAUGCCGAGAUCACACAGGUCACUCUCGAAAUCCUCGCAUCGAUCGGCACCGACUUUCAGGAAACGCUCGUCAAAGGCAACCGGGCACCAACGGACCCUACGAAGGCCAACGAGGAAUGGAACGGUUUCGAUGAUGAGACGGCCGACGUGGAUGCUGACGCGAUGGAGGUCGAUGGAGAGUCAGAUGCCGGCGCGGAAGAGGAGGAAGGUGAUGAGCAAGACGAAGGCGACGAAGAGGACAACGAGGACGACGCGUCAGUUACCUCCGAGAUGGAAGCCGACAUGGGCCUUGUCGCCGGUGAGGAGGGCUCUGGGUCCGGAGACCUCAACGACCUCCCCACACUCCGCGAACUCAUCCAACGGGCCGUGCCUCAACUCAUCCGCCUUUCGAAUCUCCAUAGCGAAGAGACCCUUGCCAUCCAAGAUCAUGCGCUCUCCGCUCUGAACAACAUCGCCUGGACGAUAUCUUGUCUCGAGUUCGCCAAUGGCGAGAACGCCCAUAUCUUCAGUGCCUGGCACCCAACAGCUAAGAAGAUCUGGCGCAAGACGAUAGCGCCCAUCCUCGAAGCCGAUAAUGCCGAUCUCAGACUGGCCACACAAGUCACCAGCCUUGCUUGGGCCGUGGCCCGCACUCUUAAUGGCGAAACACCUUCCGACGGGCGUCAACACCGCAAAUUCAUCUCUCUUUAUCACGCCUCCAGGAAUCAGGCCCCGUCAGCAGGCCAGGACACAGGCGAGAAAAAGGAAGAGGAAGAAGCCGAAGACCCAUUCCAGGGCCUCGGCGUCAAGUGCAUCGGCGUCCUGGGCUCUCUAGCCCGCGACCCGGCACCGAUCGAGGUCAACCGGGAAGUCGGCGUCUUCCUCAUGACCCUCAUCACCACCAGCAACAACGAGACAACAUCCACCUCCAAUAACACGCCACCAGCCGAUAUCGUCGAGGCGCUAAACCAGUUAUUCGACCUUUACGGAGAUGAGGAUGUGCCGUGCGAUCGCGAGGUGUUUUGGAAAGACGGCUUCCUAAAACACCUGGAGGAAUUUGUUCCGCGGCUCAAGACGCUCGCGAAGGGGAUUGAUAAGCGGGCACAGAGCGAGCUGAGGACCAGGGCGGACGAGGCGUCGCUAAAUCUGGGGAGGUUUGUGCAGUACAAGAAGAAGCAUGCGCCGAAAUGA